AUGGCAAAUAGMCCUGCCGCAUUCUUCCUUGCGGGAGAUUCUACGACCGCCGCUCAGUCUUCAGCAGGUGGAGGCUGGGGUGUUGGGUUUCUGAAAACCCUCACUGGUGACGCGAUUGGGGCGGAUCUUGGCUACAACGGAGCGACGACUGCCUCCUUUGUGGCCGGAGGAGCCUGGGCAAAUGUAAUUGAUGCUGUCACUAGGAACAGGAAGAGAUAUCAGCCAUAUGUGACAAUCCAGUUCGGUCAUAAUGAUCAAAAAAAUACGUCUGGUGUCACAAUUGCAAACUACACCACUAAUCUCGCUACUCUUGCUACUGAAGUUAAGACAGCCGGAGGAAUUCCAAUUCUAGUGACUCCAUUAUCCCGCCGCAACUUCAACUCUUCCGGACUGGUGAUCGAGGAUCUUGCAGAACAGCGAAAUAUUACCAUUAAAGUUGCGGAAUCACUUGGUGUCGACUAUAUCGACUUGAACGAAGCUAGUACUAAAUAUCUCGAUGCAAUUGGACAAAAUGACUCUGCAACAUACAACCGUAUCCCAACUGACUACACGCAUUUAAAUCCGACUGGAAGUAUUUUAUUUGGUGAUAUGGUCAGCUGGUUGUUGCUUACGACAACAUCCCUGAGUAAGCAUCUUCGUGCAUAUACAGUUCCAUCGCCAGAAGUUGUUGGAGCGAUUGCCAGUGGUAUUUACAUCUACCCGAGCGCAUGA